CAAUGUGGGAGGAAACUGGAGCACCUAUGGGGAAAUCCACGCGGUCACAGGGAGAAGAUGCUAACUUCACACCACAACACCUGAGCUCAAACCGAGGUCUCUGGCACUGUUUGGCAGCAGCUCUACCAGCUGUGUCUUUCACCUCAGACACAUGAAAUAUGCAGUAGUUUGAAGUUAUCUUCUGGCCACAUGGCUGAUGGUAAGAACUGCAAAGCAGUAAUACUUUUAUUGAACUUUGCAACAUCAUCAUCUUGUGGAUCUUCAUAAAGUAAGCAACCUGAUUACGUUUAAGUCUUCACCUACUUAAAGCAAUAAUUAUUAGUUUUAAGAACAUUUUUCUGAUCCAUUUUUUUCAACUAAAUCGCAAAACUGUGCAUUCAACAUUUUACAUGCCUAAUUCAACGUUUUAGUUUAAUUGGGUGCUCAAAUAAGACUAAAGACAUCUGAUAAGAUCCAUUCCAAUGUAAAAUGGCCAAAAUGGUCUGCGUUCUAUAGUAAUGUGGACAUUUUUGUUAAAACCACCAAAGUUAUUUCUACACAAAGUUAUUUCUUCCAGCUUACAGUAGUGUAGGCUAAUUCUUUGUCGAACUAAAAGACUCAUCAGUUUCUGGUUAAUUAUUAAAGCCAUGCUGAAAGAGUUCACCUGGCAGACAGCGGCUGUGGGCGAUCAUGUGGAACAGACAGGUUGCAUGUAAACUCAACCUUACGUCGGUACUCUCCCGUCCUGAAGGAGUUCUUCAGAGAACUCGUCCCGGGAAGGGGUGGCCGGUGACCACAGCCUCGGAGGCGCGCCCGGUGCACGCGCGCCGCGCCUGGGUGUCCGCGUGCAUUUUGUUGUGAAGAGUCUGGAUGGAAAGUGAGCAAUAACCCAACUACUGAAACAUUCUUUAUUCUGCGAGCAAUUGUUUGUUGACAAUUCAAAGCUGAGAAAGUUACGGGCACGAAACUGCCAGAAGAGGGAAGUUUUCUAUUUUCCAUAUUUAUGGCGGCUGCCUAUCAACAGGCUGGGCUUGAGACAUUGACUGAACCUACGGACGUCUGGGAAAUAAUAGAGACAAUUGGAAAGGGAACCUUUGGAAAAGUCUACAAAGUGUCUAAUAAGCUAGAUGGUAGCCAAGCGGCAGUCAAAAUACUGGAUACAGUCAGUGUUGUCGAUGAGGAAAUUGAAGCAGAAUAUAGUAUCCUCCAGUCACUCACAAGCCAUCCCAAUGUUGUUAAAUUUUAUGGAAUGUUCUACAAAACUGAUCUGAAGACUGGUGGAUAUCUAUGGUUGGUUUUGGAGCUGUGCAAUGGAGGUUCUGUGACUGAGCUUGUCACUGAGCUGCUCAAGCAUGACCAAUGCAUGGAUGAAGCACUAAUCUCAUACAUUUUAUAUGGAGCACUUUUGGGCCUUCAGCAUUUACACAACAACAGGAUUAUUCAUCGCGAUGUCAAGGGCAACAACAUACUCUUGACAAUAGAAGGAGGAAUCAAGCUGGUUGACUUUGGUGUUUCAGCUAAGCUUACAAAUGCAAGAUUACGUCGAAACACUUCUGUGGGUACUCCUUUUUGGAUGGCACCCGAGGUCAUUGCUUGUGAACAACAGUUUGACUACUCGUAUGAUACCCGAUGCGACAUAUGGUCUUUGGGCAUCACAGCUAUUGAACUUGGUGAUGGUGAACCACCUUUGUCGGAUCUCCAUCCUGUGAAAGCACUCUUUAAGAUUCCAAGAAAUCCACCACCAACUUUGUUGCACCCGGAAAGAUGGUGUGAAGAAUUCAACCACUUUAUUUCACAAUGCCUAAUUAAGGAUUUUGAAAAACGUCCAUCGGUUGCCGAUUUAUUGGACCACCCAUUUAUAAAGCAAGUUCUUGGGAAAUGCGUAACCCUACAGCAGCAACUAGCUAAUCUGAUCAAAGUCCAGCAAGAAGAAUCCUCGUCAAAAACUAGACAGGAGCACAUCCUCAGCCGAACAAGUCGUCAUAUGAGGGCCUCAGAGAGCAGUGGUCAGAACAUGACUGACGAUUUAGUCACACUUGAAAUCUUUGAUGAGGAAACCAUCAUUUAUUGUCUGCAGAAAAGGUAUUCGGAGUUACAGAUAUAUACCUAUGUUGGAGACAUCUUAAUUGCAUUAAACCCUUUCCAGGACUUACCAAUAUACACACGAGAGUUUUCGAAGAUUUAUCAUGGAGUAAGACGCUGUUCAAAUCGACCGCACAUCUUCGCCACUGCAGAUGCUGCCUAUCAAGGGAUGGUAACUUUCAGCAAAGACCAGUGUAUCGUCAUAAGUGGAGAAAGUGGUGCUGGGAAGACAGAGAGUGCACAUUUGAUCGUUCAACACUUAACCUAUCUGGGAAAGGCCAAUAACCGUGUUCUGAGAGAGAAAAUUCUUCAAGUUAAUCCACUCGUGGAAGCCUUUGGAAAUGCUUGUACAAUGAUCAACGAUAAUUCCAGUCGAUUUGGGAAAUACCUAGAAAUGAAGUUUACUUCCACAGGUGCUGUGAUGGGAGCAAAAAUUUCUGAAUAUCUCUUGGAAAAAUCCAGAGUUAUUCAACAACCAGCAAGCGAGAAAAAUUUUCACAUUUUUUAUUAUAUCUAUGCUGGUCUCUUCCAUCACAAGAAAUUAACAGAAUAUAAACUAGCUGAAAAUAAGUCUCCUAGGUAUAUUAACAAUGAUAAGAAUAAGAAUAUGAAGGAUAUAUUAACCAACAGCUCAUACAGGGAGUGUUUUGAAGCCAUACAGCAUUGCUUCAGAAUCAUUGGAUUUACUGAUGAGGAGGUUCAUUCCGUGUACAGAGUUAUUGCUGCAAUCCUAAAUACUGGAAACAUUGAAUUCGCAUCCAGAGCUUCAAAACAUCAGAUGGAUAAAAGUGAAAUUCCCGAUGGCGAGCCAUUAGAAAACACUUCGGCUCUCCUAGGUAUUGGUUCUGAAGAGUUUCAAGAAGCACUUACUUCUCACUGUGUGGUGACACGGGGGGAAACCAUAGUCCGUACAAAUACUGUGGAUGAGGCCUCCGAUGUUAGAGAUGCCAUGUCAAAAGCCUUGUAUGGGAGACUUUUCAGCUGGAUUGUAAACCGAAUUAAUACCCUUCUCCAACCUGACAAAAGUAUAUGUGAUACUGAAAAUGGCAUGAAUGUGGGGAUUCUGGACAUCUUUGGAUUUGAGAACUUUAAGAAGAAUUCCUUCGAACAGCUGUGUAUCAACAUUGCCAAUGAACAAAUACAAUUUUACUUCAACCAACACAUCUUUGCUCUUGAACAGACAGAAUACCAAAAUGAGGGAAUCGAUGCUUCAGUUGUGGAAUAUCAGGAUAAUCGACCAAUUCUGGACAUGUUUCUUCAGAAACCUAUGGGCUUAUUGUCCUUGCUUGAUGAAGAAAGCCGCUUUCCAAAAGCAUCUAACCAGACAUUAGUAGAUAAAUUUGAAGACAACUUACGGACAAAUUAUUUUUGGAGACCAAAAGGCAUGGAAUUGUGUUUUGGAAUUGAACAUUACGCUGGCAAGGUUCUAUAUGAUGCAUGUGGUUUCCUUGAAAAAAAUAGAGACACACUUCCUGCAGAUAUAGUAGUUGUGCUAAGGACAUCGGAGAAUAAAUUGCUUCAACAACUCUUUUCUGGUCCACUCACUAAAACAGGUAACUUAGCACAGUCAAGAGCAAGAGUAAGUGCAGCAUCCAGGUCAUUACCUCCACAACUAAAUGCCAAACGGAGCAAGUCUCCAAAAUAUUUAUUGAAGGUUGAUACACUGGAAGCAAUGCGACAUCCUGACGAAACAACAAACAUGAAAAGACAAACUGUGGCCUCUUAUUUUAGGUACUCACUGAUGGAUCUCCUGUCUAAAAUGGUGGUGGGUCAGCCUCAUUUUGUCCGUUGCAUCAAACCCAAUGAUGAUCGUCAAGCAGAAAAGUUCUUUGAAGAAAGAGUAUUGGUUCAACUGCGGUACACUGGUAUCUUGGAAACCAUACGCAUCCGUGGGCAGGGAUAUUCUCAUCGCAUCCUCUUUGAAGACUUUGUUAAAAGAUAUUACUGCCUUGCCUUUAGGGCACAUCAAACACCUCCUGCUGACAGUGCAAGCUGCACUGCUAUCCUACAGAAAGCAAGGCUGGACAAGUGGGUGCUUGGAAAAACCAAGGUAUUCCUCAAGUAUUAUCAAGUAGAACAGUUAAAUUUGCUGCUCAGAGAAGUCAUUGCCAGCAUUGUGAUUAUUCAAGCCCACAUCAAAGGCUGGCUAGGAGCCAAGAGAUACAAGAAAGCACGAGCGGAAAAGCAAAACGGUGCCAUCAUUAUCCAGUCAGCCUGGAGAGCAUAUGUUGCACAUAAAAUCUACAAGCAAUUGAAGACACAAAGAGAAGCUGCAAUUUGCAUCCAAGCAGGUGCCAGGGGAUAUCUGGCUCGCAAAGAAUAUAAAAUGAUGACAGAACGUGAUAUUUUAUCAAGAGGACAAGAAUUCCAGAGCACGAAACAUAGACCCAGCAAUGACUCUGAAAAAGCACUUCAUAUCAAUCGUGUUGAAUCUCAUAAAGGAGGCAUUGAAGUCCCGAAUGAUGAAAAGGAUUCCAAUGACAUGGCAAAUCUUCAAUCACCAAAUAAGACAAAGCCUCAGUCUCAUCCAGUUAUGAAAGGAUCAGGGCAAGAGACAGAACAAAGACAGUUAAGAACAGCACGUCGGCGAACGCAGCAGCCCAAAAUGCUGAACAGCCCUGAGGACAGCCUAUAUUAUAACCAGUUAAAUGGAAUUCUAGAAUACCAAGGGAGCAAAAGAAAGCCAAGAAAAUUUGGCCAAAUCAAAGUGCUGGACAUUGAGGAUGAGUAUUACAAAUCACUAUCAGCUGUUGAACCCAUCCCCAAGGAAGACGAUUCAUUAAACUCUUCUCUUCCUAUUCCAAGAGGUCAUAGCUAAAAGAAGACACGAUAGGUUGACUUUGACUCUUGCUUGCAGCCAAGGAACAUGAAUGCAUAUUGUAUUUAAUGAGCUUAAAUAAGUAUACAAAUGGUGUAUUAAUCAAAGUGUAAUCUUGUAAUUUAUACAAAAAUGUAAUGUAUUCAUGCAGAAGUUGAUAAAGGAUUGUUUACAUGUGCUACUUAAAAAAACAGUAGUGUGUUAUUAACAUUGGAUGUAUUAGACACAGCUUACAUAAAUACCUACACGUGUAUCUCUGUUUAUUAUAUCUUGAAUGAAGCUGAACUGCAUUAAUGAUCCACUAUAUCAUUAUUACUGAGUGUUUUUGCUAAUGCUUUGUCAAUCGUAUUCCUAUAGUAAUGAAACACUUGACUUUUAUGUUUUUCAAACAUUUAUUUUGAUUAAGAUGAAAACUUUGUGCCAUUAGAUAUAAAGUAUUUUGACUUCUGCUGUUUAAAAUAAGUUAAAGCAUACCUUGGUUUACUCACCAGAUGAGCUGUUUGCUUAUAUUUAGCACAUUCAGCAAACUACUAUAAUUUUCAAAUGAGUAUGUAUUUGUGACAUAUUUAUGGUUAGAAAGUCCUUCAUACCAAUCAAUGUUUCAGUAAAAGUAUCAAGCUAAAUAAAAUGAUGAACGGAAUGACAAGUUUUCUAUUCAUUGGCAUUUUAAUGAUACCUAUAUGUCAGUAGCAACACAUUUGCUUGAUUAGUUGUGCUAUUUAUCAUUCAGUUCUACCAUCAAAUAUUCAGUCCAAUUUUCCAAAUCGCCAAGCAGGUAUGUGUCUUAUUAUGAUCUUUCUAGGGGCACAGAGCAUAUGAUAGAAGACCCGUUUAACCAUACAACAUCAAAGGAAAGCCUACAUACACCCAGGUCUCUGCUCUUUUUUUUCUUUUCAGAGGACUGAUAACAUCCUACCUAUACAAAUUGUAUUCAUUGAAAUAAAAUUCAGCUAACACAAUUGUUUUUAAUGUCGGUUCCAUAAAAACUUCCACAUUCUUUUUUUUAACCUUGUAAAGUGACGUGAAACGUGAAAUUUCACACAAUUCGGAAAUCACAAAAGCUUGGUUCUGUUCCACGGUUAUUAAAGUAUCUGUGUGGGAUUUCAGCUUUAUCAAACUGGAAAGAUGAAAAUAUGAUUUGAUAGGUUUGUUUUAGAAUGUUUUUAAACAUAUAAACUGUGUAGGCCAAAUUGUCUGAGGAAGGCAGGAUUAUCUAUGAUCUUUACUGCUGAGGUUUGCAAAUAAUUUUCAUUAAUAAUGCCUUUUCUUAGCUAUCAUUUCCAUGUAGUUUUUUCCCCCAAGUCGGAACUCAUUCAUAUCUUUUAUACCAGUUUUUAUAAAGGACGUUUUAAAAUAAUAAAAGACAAGUGAGAAAAAAUCCAAGUUAAAUGCAUUAACUUGGCAGUAGCCUGGCACAGCGUGAAACUCCCAUCUCACAACGACUGAAUCUGGAGCCGUGGGAGAGGACUUGGCGCUCUAAUCCCUUCAAAAGCGCCGCUCCAUUUAAAACUAUGCAAGUCUCAAAAGUCUUUGAGAGGACACCGAUUGUUGCUACAGGAAAGGAUGAUAAAGAUCUCUGUGUGUUAUCGUUUAGGAGGAUUUCGUUUGCAAUGUGCACACAAUUGAAGUUAACGACUGCUGUCAGGAUCAUGUUACCUGAACGAGGACUUCAACCGUGUUUUUUUUUUCCUUUUUUAAGUUAACCCAAUAAGUAAUCUUUCUAAACGCUAGUUACCAUCAAAUUUAGCUUUGAUAUUCAGAUAUCGGUAUGUAUCCCACGUCUGACGCUACGACUUGUAACAGCAAAACCGUAUUGAGUAUCACUUUUGAAGUGAUACUCAAGAUAAACCCACAAACUAUUUACUUGCAGCCAAACAUGAUGUAUGACAUGCUCCCUCUGUUUUAAACAUACCUUGCUUUCAGGUUCACUGGUCCUGUAUGUCUAAAACUAAAACAUAGAGCUGAAAUGCCCAAUUAAAUGGGCAAAAUUAUUUCCACUUAUCAAAGUGGCUGUUUAUAAUCACCAUACUUAACAUAUUUAAAAUAUGUAUGGGUUGCCAUUCUCGCUUUGUCCUAAGCUGUUGAUAAUUGUGUUUACUUGAAAACCUCUACAGAAGAAUACAAUUGCUUUCGUAAAGAGAUGAACUAGUGACCGAAUUCGCUGGAAGUGUUGGGACGGAAGGUUUGAAAAACUGCUUAAGGCGGAGAUCAGGCGGAGACGAGAGAAAUUGUUUCCACUUUCCCUGAACCGAGGUGCCACGCCUCCGCAGCCUCUCACAUUGCCACCACUUUAAGGAAUGUAACAGAGCUAUCAUCAGCCUUCAGUGCCCGCCUCUGAUCUCUGCACACUGGUCUCAAACUUAACGGGUACAGAAAGGGAUAGUUCUAAAGGGGCUGACAGUUAUACAGUUACAACUUCUUAACUGUUUUUGAUUAAUCAGCUUCAGCAGGUAUUGAAACAUUUAUAAACUAGUAAAAGACCCACCAUAGUUUAAAGUUAGCACGGAAUAUUCGCUCAUAAAUCAUCCAUCCAAUUGAUCUUAAGGAAGUUGCUUUGAUUUGUAUCUGUACCAUAUACUGUGCAUAGCGGGAGCUGCAUAAACCUCAACGUCAAGGUGUUCGUUGCAAACUUGGUUGAAGAAAUUAAUAAAUGUUGGACUAUUCCCAACGCAGGACAAUGAUACCUAGACAACAUUGGCGGGGUUGGUGGGGGCGGGGUUGCAUUUUUUCUACGUUCUCCUAACUCGCCUAUAAAAGUAAUAGUCUACUGAAAUGUAACUGUCUCUGGAGUGGAGGCUAUUUUCGCAAGUUUAAUACAUGGCGUGCCUGCAAUGUUGCCCCUGUCUGCAAAGAAUGUCAUUAAACUUUUUUUUUCCGAAGUCAGCAACUCUUUCUCUCCUUUAAACUGCGAGGAGUGGUUUAUGCCGUUCUUGAUGCCGUGAUUUAUCUCCAAUCGCUUUUUUUUUGCGGAAAGUCAUCAACACAGUAAUGUUGAAGCAGAUUUCCGAGAGAUAACAAAGACACAUUGUCACUUACGGCUGUGCAACAAAUCCUUAAUUACAAAAAAAAGAGAUCAUAUGACUUAAACAUCCAAUGGAACGGUCUCCUGGCGGCAGCAAUGCUUUGAUCACGUAAAUCCAAUUAUUUGUGUAUAUACAUUUCCCACAUAGUGAUUACUUCAUUAAUUGUCCCGC